GACGAGUUCUACCAAAUUGCCGAUGAGUUAGGAAUACUUAUUUGGCACGACUUUAUGUUUGCCUGUGCUUUAUAUCCCGUCGACAGCCAGUUCUUGGACUCAGUUAACACAGAAGUCACACAACAGGUCCGCCGUUUGCAACACCAUUCGUCCAUUGCUUUGUGGGCCGGCAACAACGAGAACGAGGCGGCGAUCGCACAGUACUGGUGGCCCGAAAUCAUGUUUAAAUCGGAAACAUAUAAAAGAGAUUACAUUAAAUUAUACGUUGAACUCAUCCGUGAAGUUGUGCUCAGAGAAGAUAAUUCUCGGCCAUAUCUAACGUCGAGUCCAUCUAAUGGUUUGGAAACAAUCAAAAGAAAUUGGCUCUCAAGUGACCCCCAAAGCAAUGUCUUCGGAGACGUCCACUUCUACUACUAUCAGCCCCAGGCCUGGGAUUGGAAACAAUACCCGAGCGCUAAGUUUGCCUCAGAAUUUGGUUUCCAAUCGUUUCCUUCAUUGAAAAGUUUAUCAAAAGUUGUCAACACAUCGGACCUCACAUUCCCAUUAAGUGCGGCAAUCGUUGAAAGACAACAUCACACGAAUGGCAACAAUGAAAUCACAAAUUUGAUUGACAAGAAUAUGCGACUCCCAGUUAGC